AAAACAUGAGCGCUAUGUCUCUUUCGGAGACACGAAGGGACACUUUCGAAGACAUUUUUUUUACACUUUUAAACAUGUCCCAACUACUCCAGUCCACGUCGGAACCGUCUUGAGUACCAAGACUACACCGGUGCUUUAGAACGCCUUCCCUCCCCACCACCACCGCCACACCACCGGGAGGGACGCAGCGGUUCGUGGGGGAAAAUGUGUUGUCAUGUCGGGCAGCAGCAAACAUGGCUACCCCGCCGUCUACCGGGCCGCUCCGCUUGACAACCAAACCGGUCGCUUCUUGUCCCUGUAGCUUGGAAAGUCCCUCGCGGUAAAAACAACCGACUUUAACCGAGGAGGGCAAGGCGGACGGAGAGACGGAGGGCUCGACGCCGCCAUGGAGCCGCAGCACAGGGAGCUGCUGGAGAAGUGUCACCAGAACUUGGCCGAGUCCGUCACCGACGCCGAGCAGCUUGUGGAGGUCCUGUCCCACGGAGGCACCCUCAGCCCCGCGGAGCGUCUCGAACUAGCCGCAGGUUCCACAUACAGCGUCUUGUCCACCAUGCCGUCUGACUCGGAGAGCAGCAGCUCUCUCAGCAGUGCAGGUACGCCCACCCCUGCCUCCUCCCCGCCGCUGACCCACAUGGACAGCAACCGGGCGCACGACAAGAUGGACACCGUGCUGUUCCAGCUACGCCACGUGACCCAGGAGAGGGAUGAGCUGCGUAAGCGUCUGGCGCUCUCCUCGCCUGGCAGCACCUUUGACGACUGCAGACCCAACUCCAAAGCGGGCCACGACUACGAGCGCCUGAAGCUGCAGUGCAUGACGGCCAUGGCCGACCUGCAGUCCCUGCAGAACCAGCAUAGCACCACCCUGAAGAGGUGCGAGGAAGCGGUGAAGAAAGCCGAUUUCUACCACACGCUGCACAGCCGCUUGGCCGGCGAGCAUGGCCAGCUGAAGGAGGAACUGGAGGCGUUGAGGCUGGAUAACGUGCAGCUGGUGCGGGAGCACAACCAUGCCAAGCAGGCCUGCGAGGAACUCAGGAGGCUGCGUGACGACGACCGGAGAGAGGUGGCCGACAUGAGGAUGCUGCACCAACAGGUGAUGAAAGAAGGUUCCACCGAUGCCCUCAACAAGCUGUACGACUCAGCAGUGGACAAACUGGAGGCGGUCCGGAGCGACUACGACGGCCUGAGGAAGCUCUACAAUGAGAAAACCGCCAGCCACAACGCCGACCUGAGCCGCCUGGACCACUUGGAGGAGGAGAACCACCAUCUCCAGAAACAGCUGGACAUGCUGAUGAAGCAGAGGGACGCCGCCAUCCACUACCAGCAGCAGUACUCAUCGUCCAUACGAAGAUUCGACAACACCCAGCAAGAGCUCUCCAAGGCCGCCGCCCAGAACCUGGAGCUGCAGCGGGAGAUGGAGCGACUGCAGUCGGAGGCCACGCGAUUCAAGACCCAACAACUCAAAGCGGCCAAAGAGUGCGACAAGUACAAGGAGGAGCGGGACUCGGUCAUCAACGAGUACCGGCUCAUCAUGAGCGAGCGUGAUCAGGUGAUCAAGGAGGUGGAGAGGCUGCAGACCGGACUGGAGGUGGCCGAGGCCAAGCUGAAGAACACGUCCUCGGAAAGACGGGUGGCCAACGAGGAGCUGGAAGCUCUCAGACAGGAACUGGCCUCAUCCCUCAUGGACAGAGACCGGGCCAUCUGCGAGAAGAACGAGCUGCUGGAGAAGUACUGCCACGAGGUGAAGGACAAGGCCGAGGCCCAGAAGGAGCUGAGCCAGGCCUGCAAGGACAUCAAGACGGUGCGCGAGGAGCGCGACGUGGCCCGCAAAGAGAGGACCGAGGCCAUCAUCCAGCGGGACCAGCUGCUCCGGGAGUAUUAUCAGGCCAGACAGAAACAAGACUCGGCCACUCUGGACAUGGAGAGAGCCAACAAGGAGAUUGAGAUGCUGAGGAAGCAGUACGAGGCCAUCAGCCAGGAGCUGAAGGAGGCCUUGCAGGAGGCGGAGGUGGCCAAGUGUCGACGGGAUUGGGCCUUCCAGGAGAGGGAUAAGAUAGUGGCAGAGAGGGAAAGCGUACGUACGUUGUGUGACAACCUGAGGCGAGAGAGGGACAGGGCUGUGAGCGACCUGGCAGACGUGCUGAGGAACCUGGAUGACACCAGGAAGCAGAAGAACGAUGCUGCGCGUGAGCUCAAGGAGCUGAAGGAAAAAAUGGAGGACCAGUUGGAAAAGGAGGCGCGGUUUCGUCAUCUGAUGGCUCACAGCUCGCACGAUUCCGCCAUCGAUAUGGACUCGGUUGAAUGGGAGACGGAAGUUGUAGAGUUUGAGAAGCGCAGAGACAUGGAUUUGAAAGCACUUGGCUUUGAUAUUGCGGAGGGGUUAAACGAUCCGUAUUUACCCGGAGACUGCGGCGUGUUCGUUAGUAAAGUGGACAAAGGAAGUGUUGCAGAGGGACGAUUGAGGGUGAACGACUGGCUGCUGAAGAUCAACAAUGUGGACCUGGCCAAUAAGGACAGGAAGCAGGCCAUCAAGGCGGUGCUGAGCGGCGAAGGCGUCAUCAAUAUGGUGGUCCGCAGGAGGAAAUCUAUGGGAGGACGCGUCAUCACGCCGGUACAGAUAAAUCUGGCCGGACACAAAGAAUGCGGCAUCGGCGUGGAGAGCGGAGUGUUUGUCGCCUCGCUGGCGCCCGGCAGUCCAGCCGUCAGAGACAAUGCUCUCACAGUCGGGGACAGGCUGAUAGCGAUUAAUGGCAUCUCACUAGACAACAAGUCGCUCCCCGAAUGCGAAGCUCUUCUGAGGACCUGCCGCGAGUCCCUCUGCGUCUCGCUCGCCAAGUUCCUGCCGCAGAGUUGCUCAGGCCAGAGUUUGUUUGAAAGCGCGAGGGACUCGGCCCCCCGUCUCCAGCCCUGCGAUGUGCACGCCAGAAACUGCCACAACUCCAAGCACGCGUGCUCCAAGCACAACUGCUCCACGCAGACCGACGGCUGCACCUGUGAGGAAGCGUGCCGCCACCCGAGCAACCCGGACGACGACGACGGCGGUGGCUGCGUUCGCCAGCACAAACCCUUCUCCGAAGAUUCCCUGCACUCCCGCAGUCCCUCUGAACCCCUGGCGGAGUUGUGCUACAGGAGGCAGAACUCCCACCAUUGCCCCUUCUCCUUCACUCCUGUUCUCCCUGGCUGUGCUCCUCCUUCGGGGAAGGCUGGCGGAGGCACGUGGCCCAAAGUCAUUGCCGGAGCGUCCAUGCCGGAGUGUGCACAGCUCUCCAUCUACAAGAGAACCAAACAAAGGAAGUCCAUCUUUGACACGAACACCUUCAGGAGGCCGGAUGGGCCCCCGAAACUGGACUACAUGUCACUAUCCCAACUAUCGAAACACUCACCGCAGGGCUCAUUAGUGGAAUCUACACAAGCUCCGCCCACCCCGCCGGCCAGGAGCGACUCGUUUCGUUUCAAACAUUCCCAGCAGAACAGCUCUGUGUCCGAGUCCACUCUCCGGGAAUCUCCGACAAGAGGAAGCAGUCCGGUCAUGGAGGGAGAAGCCGGGCAGACGCUCUAUUACGUCGCUCCUCCUCAAAGAGAAGGCAAGAUGCAAAUGGAGGAGGACAGGCCUCAACACAGGGAGCCCGAAAAGAGGAGGUACCGGCCGAAAUCUGCUCCGGCACGGGGACGGAAUGUGACUCCUUUACACAUUCCCGUUCCAAUGCAGGUUCAAAGUUUCUCGAAUGACGAGCACUCGCCAGAGCCGAUGGACCUGCUACGCUUCUCCCCGAUGAGAAACAAUCGGUACAGCAUGCACUUUGCGCCACCCAGCUACAACAGCGUCGUGGCACAUGCAGCACAGCGAGGUUUAACUCCAUGCUCGGCCAAGACGGCUGUGAUAAGGAACCCGGUCUACACCACCUGGAGCCACGAGACCAGCAACUGUCCCCCAUCGCCCACCUCGAAUAAGCACAUGUAUUCACAUGCGAGUCCUCAGCAUCAAGGUCGGCACAGUGUGGACCUCAACUACAAGCUGACUGGGGAUGCUGGCGAGAGCAACUCCAGCCAGGCGCCGCACAACACACACUCCCUCCCCUCCAGACUGGGCUCCCUGAGUGCGUUGCAGUUCAAGGCCGAGCGCAUCAAGAUUACGCCAAUUUGUUACCCGGGCUCCACUGGAUCUGACCUAGGCUCCCGCUGUCUUUCCGAGUGCAGCUCCCCGACGACACCACCCAAAUCCCCCGCCACCCUGGAUACGUCCUCCUUCGCCAGCAGCCAAUCCACAAACUCCAUCUCCACCCAGCUCAGGAUAUCCGUCAGUCCUGCUCCAGUUGGUGACGGCCGGAAGGAUGGAUUCGUUUCUAACACCUGUGUCAGGCGUCGGCAGGCAGCGAGACCUAAGUUCCUCUCUUUACGGUGCUUGAGACCUUAUCUGGAGGAGCCACGUAAUGUGACGGUGCAGAAAGGCGCGGAACCGCUGGGGAUCUCCAUCGUGAGCGGUGAGAACGGCGGCGUUUUCGUAUCCAAAGUGACGGCGGGAAGCAUCGCCUACCAAGCUCAUUUGGAGUACGGAGACCAGCUCCUAGAGUUUAAUGGGAUAAACUUGCGCAAUGCAAACGAACAGCAGGCGCGCUUGGUGAUCGGUCAGCAGUGCGACACCGUCACCAUCUUGGCUCAGUACAAUCCUCACAUGUUCCAGUUGGGGAAUCACUCUCUAUCCAGCUCUCGUAUGGAGUCCAUCAGCAAGCAGCCCACCCCGCAGGACAGCGGCGCCAACACACCGGACGACCGCUCCGUCGGCGACGCCCUCGGUGGCACCGUGACGUCCUCGUCGAAGCAGACCACGCCGGCCACCAGCCCUCACACCUCUUUUAGGCUUCCCAGUUCAGGCUUGCGACGAAGCGCCGAGCCCAGACUAGUCAAGUUAAAGAGGAUCCAGACGGAGCUGGGAGUCCAUAUCUGCGGAGGAAACCUUUAUGGCAUCUUUGUGGAGAACCUGGAUGAGGACAGUCCUGCCAAAACUCCCGACGGCCUCCGACCUGGGGACCUCAUACUGGAGUACAACGGCGUCAGCAUGAAGAACAAAACCAAGGAGGAGGCUUACAUCGAGUUGAUAAAACCGGCAGAAACUGCCACGUUUAAGGUGAAGAACUGCGCCGAUGAGCUCGCCGCCGCCAAAGAGAUCCCCGGGGAUGGAUUUUUCAUCAGAACGCUUUAUGAGAGGGUCGCCGACGCCGAGCAGGAGCUGAGCUUUAAAAAGGACGACAUCCUGUACGUUGAGGACACCCUACCAAACGGCAACUUUGACUACUGGAUAGCGUGGCAACUUGACGAGAAAGCGCAGAAGUUGGAGAAAGGGCAGAUUCCGGGCAAAUACAUGAUGGACCAGGAGUUCUACAGGAGGCACGGGAUGGCGGAUAUGAAAGAUGACGGCGGCGGCGGCAAAACCAUGUCUGCGGCCGCCCGCAAGUCCUUCUUUCGCAGGAGACUGAAGCACAAACGCAACGGCUCCAAAGACGGCAAGGACCUCAUGUUGGGGGAUGCCGUGAUGUCCGAUUAUUUACCCAUCACAGAAGGUGAGGUCUCACACCGACCAAAAAAGAAAAACCCAAACACCAUUCGUGUUGUUGCCUGCUCAGAUGGAACCAGCCUCCUGUACCAGCGGGUCCAGAAGGUGGAGUGCUUAGCCCCCAGACCGGUGCUGAUCUUGGGUCCGUUGGCGGAGGCCAGCAAGGACAUGUUGGUGAAUGAGGCUCCUGACAGGUUCUGCCGCUGUCUGCCCGAGAUCAUGAAGGCGUCUCAGCAGGCCAUCGAGCGCGGCGUCAAGGACUGCGUGUUCAUCGACUACAAGCGACGCAGCGGCCAUUUUGACGUGACGACAGUGGCGUCCAUAAAGGAGAUCACAGAGCAGGACUCUCACUGCUUGCUUGACAUUGCCCCUCACGCCAUCGAACGCCUUCACAGCGUUCACAUCUACCCAAUCGUCAUAUUCAUUCGCUACAAAAAUGCCAAGCAGAUAAAAGAGCAGAAGGACCCUCAGUACCUGCGGGAUAAGCUCUCCCAGAAGCUCUCCAAGGAACAGUUUGAGUCGGCUCAGAAGACGGAGCAGGACUACAGUCGCUUUUUCACGGGCGUUGUCCAAGGAGGCAGUGUCUCCUUCAUUUGCACUCAGAUCGCCGCCAUUGUUGAGCAGGAACAGAAUAAAGUUGUGUGGAUCCCUGACGGGGCGCCUUAAAAAAAAAAAAAAAAAAAAAAAAAACGACACAAAACAACAUGCGAUCCGUUAUGGGCAUGCUUCAAAAAAUAACAUCUGACAUGUUAAAACUCUUCCAAGUUCCACUAAGCAUUGUCAGCACUGAUGAUACUCAUGAUAUAUGCACACUAUAGGCAAUAGUGAUGUACUGUACUACACAUAGUUGUUUACACUAGUAUUUAAUACUACUUGAAUAAAUGCUUUGCUAUCGAUAAGUAGCACUCCUUUUAAAAAAAACAAAACACUUUGGACCACCAUGCAAGCUGACAUGUACUUUGUAUAUAUUUGAUGAAAUCAUUCAAUUAGAAGAUUUAAUGGUUUGGUUUCAUUACGUCCUGCCUUUUUUUUUUUUUUUUUCGUUUUGUUUUCUGCUCUUCAUCAUUUCAGUCACUGUGCCGUGCCAAGCUUUUUUCCGAUAUUUAUUAUUCAGCGCCAUCAAAGCUACAAAGCGGUUUGCGUGUUCUACUUCAAUUGCCAAUUUGAUUUCAUUUUUUUUUUUUUUUUUUUUUUGUGUUCCAGAAGAAAAGGAUGUUUUUACGUCAUGUGGUUCAUGAUCGGUUAUCAGAUUUUAACACAACAUUUCAUCUUCUGAGAGCAUUUGUCAGAGUGAAAAUUAUACAUUGAUUAAAAAGGGUACGAUUAAUGGCAUGCAUGCUGAUGCUGUUUUUUUUUUUUUUUUUUUCAUCAUCCAGGAAGUAUUUAGUAGAAUUUAGUACUUAAAGGCUACUGAGGCACUUACUCCUUUGGAGGUUUAAAAAAAUAAAAAAUAAAUAAAAGCUAUCAAACAAAAAAACAUUAGCUUUUCCUCUCUACGGAAGGAUGGCAAUAAAUAACAUUAAUGACUAAUUAAUAGUCAUUAAUUAAUGACUCUCUUGCUCUGCAUAUUCUUUCAAAAAACAAAAAACUGAUAUUUGUAAAAAUAAAAUUACCUGGUAUUGUUAAUUUUUUUUUUUUUACAAUCCUGUCUGUAAAUACAGUUACUUGUACAAAAAUUAGUUCACUGUUUAGUUAAAAAAAAAUCAUAUAGCAGGAUUUACUACAAAAAAGUACACUUAAUAAACAGGCCAGAUACUAAACUGAUUGCAAACAGCCUUUGAAUGGGUGCAAUACCAUAUUUGACCACUGGAUGGCGUAAAUUCCCCACUGAAAACCCCAUUUGCUUCAUUGUCUAAUUAUUUUCAGGUGCUACCGUAUGUAAUGAUUUUAACAGCCACAUAUUAACCAACAAAGACAUUCAUUUUUUAUUUCAUAAUUUGAUCAUUUAUUGAAUAAAAUUAUGGAGUUGCCAU